AAAUUAAAUUACAGUUGGAAUUCGAAAUUCAAACAUUGAACAUCAACUUUAUAACUGUUUGCAGUUCAAAACAAGACAAUUCAUAUAGCAAUGGCUAAAUUGUUGGUAGUACUGGCUGUUAUGUGCAUUGUUGCGGCUGCAGUUGUUCGUGGAGAAUUCGAUAAAACGGCAGCUCGUGAAAAGCUCAAAACUAAAGCCGCUGAAUGUAAAACGGAAGUUGGGGCUACUGAUACCGAUAUUGAGGAACUUGUUGGUAAGAAGCCAGCUUCAACUAUGGAAGGAAAAUGUUUGCGUGCCUGUCUAAUGAAGAAGUUCGAAGUUAUGAAUGAUUCUGGCAAAUUUGUUUCGGACGUUGCUCUAAAACAUGCCGAAAAAGUUACCAAUGGCGCUGCUGAUAAAAUGAAGGUAGCUACGGAAAUUAUCAACGCUUGUGCCGGCAUUGAAGUCUCAUCGGAUCAUUGUCAAGCGGCUGAAGAUUAUGGCAAAUGUUUCAAACAACAAGCUAACGCUCAUGGAAUCGAUGAAAGUUAUGAAUAUUAAUUUUGGCUAAUUGUGAAAUGCCGAUAUUUUUUUCUGUUCUUUUAAAGUAAUUAAUUAUCUAAAUAUAUAACAAAUAAUGCAUA